UCUAAUUUUUCAACACAAAAAAAAAAACAGAAUGCAGAUCCAAAAUCUCUGUCUUCUUGCUCUUUUCAUAGCUAUAUUCAGCUCUCACACCACAUCCGUCGCGAGAUUCAACUUCGAACACUUUGAUGGCUCGAACCUAGUCUUCCUCGGAGACGCAGAGCUCGGCUCCACUGCCGAUGGCUCGAGCCUCUCCGGAGCUCUCUCAAUGACACGUGACACCUCCCGUUUCUCUCACGGCCAAGGUAAAUACGCUAGUGAAAUCCCUUUCAAGCCCUCUAAUACUUCUUCUUCUACUUACUCUUUCAAAACCUCCUUCACUUUCUCUAUUUCUCCUCGCCGGAAAACAAACCCUGCUCCCGGCCACGGCCUCGCCUUCAUCGUGGUCCCUACCAUUGACAACGACGGCGCCGCCGGAAAAGGCUUCAUUGGUCUUUUAAACCGAACCAACAACGGAAACCCUAAUAACCACAUUUUUGCUGUUGAGUUUGACGUUUUCCAAGACAAAGAUCUUGGAGACAUUAACGAUAACCAUGUUGGUAUCGACAUUAACUCGGUUAAAUCAACCGUUUCUGAGAAAGCCGGUUAUUGGGUCCAGACCAGAACCGCGGAAGGAAAGAAAGUGUGGGAGUUUAAAGAACUGAAACUGAGCAGUGGUGAUAAAUACAAAUCUUGGAUUGAGUAUGAUAACGUGACUAAACUUGUCACCGUUACCAUCGCGCCAGCGUAUCUUAGUAAACCGAAGAAGCCGUUGAUCGAAACCCAGAUCGACCUCUCCAAGGUUUUCCUUGGUAAUAUGUUCACCGGUUUUUCCGGUUCAAUGGGCCGUGAAGUCGAGCGUCACGAUAUAUGGACAUGGAGGUUCGAGAACAACGCCCCCAAAGAAACUAAACCGGUCCUGUCCGGUUAGGACUCGUCUCGUUUUGCUUUUGUUUCUUGUGUUACCGGUUUUAUCUUUCGAGUUGUAACCUUUUAAUCGAAUUAAUGAAUAAAA